CAUCAUACUGUUCUUUACCGUACGGUACGGUUUUCUGUUUUCUCUUUCCUUGGACGAUGAGUGUGAUGUUUGCGCUGUCAUCACCAAAGUCAUCGCCACAAAAAAUCUUGUUGAUGGAUCAUUCAAUCGUCACGUCUUCCAGAAGCCAUACGUUGCUAACGACGAAGAAGAUUGUGAUAAAGUGCGAUCGAUAUUGUAUUGCCCGCAUUAUAGUACGUGAACCACAGCCGCCAUACAUUGCCGACGACGACACGAGCAGGCGGUUUGGAAAGUCUGUAGCUUCCACGCGAGAAACAAACAGACAAAGAUCUGGCGUGUCAGCAAUUCGAUUUGAUUGCUUCAAUCAUUUGGUGGAAAGAUUGAUUUUUUUUCGACGACACAAUUUAGUUCGCCUUAACUCGUGGAUCGAUUUCGUGGUUUCAGAUAGAUUGUCUGCAAAACGAUAAUGGGAACUAUAUUUUUCCGAAACCACACGCAUAUGAACAGAUCCCGAUCCAUUCUUCCAUCAUCAUCAUCAUUUUACACCUUCGAAACAAUCUCUGUGCUGGACCGAAUCAUGCCCAAGAACAAGUCUAGACAACAAAGGGUAUUCUCAAGUGAUAGCAGCAAUAUAAGCUGCGCGUCGGAAAAGAUUCAAAAACGCCAAAAACGACGGGCAUCAUCGCCGGCCCUUCUUCACAACACUACUUGCACUCGCAAGAUGUUCUGCAUGGCUGCCGCGACAGUAUUGGCUACUUCCACAACGUCAAUGACAAUCACCGAAGCAUGGGCUUUCAAUGGCAUCGCAAACAACAACCGAAAUAAGCCGGCUUUGCUGUACAGUCAUUCAAAUCCAAAUCCUCUUCGUUGUGGACCAUCGGCCUCUUUGUAUCUUGCAACAAGAAAAGGAACGAGUCCACUUAGCAAAACUUCAACUCGUUUGUAUUCCUCGUUUCGAACGCGAAAACGAUUCCAAAAAGAAAAAGAACACGAAGACGCACGCAAAGAAAUCUUUGGGUUUCGAAGGGCUUUGAGGGGCGUUGCCAGAAAGAUUCUGCCCACCAAGUGGUUCGGAACCGCAAAAGAAAAGGAGGCUCUGGAAAGAAAGCAACAAGUCAAAAAUCGUGUUCAGAGCGAGCUGGACCAGAUGCUGAAGGGUGCCCCACUUCCCUUUCGCAUGCUGGGCAAACUCGUUGCCGCACCUCUCAUGAGCAAGGUCGCCUCGACGGUCGCCGAGGCUAGCUACCAGCAAGCGGAAACCAUGGAAGCCAUCCUGGACGAGACCCGUUCGUACCUCAUAAACGAUCCCACUACAGUGGAUCUCAUAGGGACGCCAAUCCAAAUAGGCCAACCCCAUUCGCAGAGAAGUGGUACGACAAUCAUCAACGGCAAGAGACAGAUGCGAAUGGAAUUCACGACGGAGAUUUCCGGUCCCAAGGGCAGCGCUAUAAGCCGAGUGAGUGCCACAAACGAGGGGAUCGGUCAGCUCCUGGUCGAGGGGAAUAGCAGGGUCUACCAGGUGGAUAUAUCGUCGAAGGCGAAGUCGUCGAGCCGGUUUGGAAGGUCUUCCUCCUCCUCGCCUCCUCGGAGCAACGGAGGCAAUUCAUCUUUUGGAGGUACCAAGGGGAACACCGACGACGAUAACAUCAUCGAGGCGGAAAUCAUUGAAAAGAAGACGAACCGAUAAUUCAACGGAUGGAUGAAUGAAACCUUCGAUCCAAACCCGACAUGAAAUAUUUCUUUGCAUGGUGCCAUACUUCUGUACCGCAGGAACAAUGAACAGCAAAUGAUAAAAAUAUGAAAGACACGAAUUGCUUUAAAACAUACUCUUACCAUACUUUAGUGUAUGGCCCCUGACUGUAUGUAAGCUCUGUGCCAUAGAUGAUCCGACGGAGACUGGAAUGUUCCGGUUUGCAUUAUUUAAUGGAAAAUACCGUUGAAAAUGAAAGAUCGGGAACAAAAUUUACAAUUUGCAAGCAAUUAUGAAUUUAUCCCAUCGUUUACGAAACAGCAGCAGAGGGAGUAAAUUUGUACGGUUAUUAGAUAGAAAUAGAGUUUCGGACUGAAGGUUUGCACUGAAGCUUCCAUCGAUUGUCCAUUGACACGUGUUCGAUUCGCCCUUUACUUCAACAAGCAAUCCCACAGGCAGGAUUGGUUCCUCCGAAACCAUCUUCCAGAUGAAUGAAUUAUCAUAUUUGUCUCCUCCAAUUAUUCGAUCGAUAAAAAUAUCAGGUCAAGAUGAAUCGUUAAGAGAUGAAAAAAAUUUCAAGUCCUCGUUACUUGUUUUUGUUUUCGGUGCUCCUGUUGCCAUUCCGCACAGUGUUUAUACCUUCGUUACCCCAGGCAAGGUUCCUCUCCUCAUGAGGGUUGUGAUUAUUAGAGCUUGGAGGAGAGCUCAUAUUUCAAUGAAUAGAGAAUAAGAUAGAGAACACUUUAUUUGCCUCAACAUCCUGUCUCAACAUUCUUCAAAGAACAAUUCAGUUGUAAGGGUUGUGUUAUAGACAGUAGGCGAGACCUUGAAAUAUCCACAAGAAUAGAAAAGUACAAGCGAAUAACAAAGACUGGAAAUUUCAAGAUGGUGGAGAAGUUAUCUUCCAUUAAGAUGGAAGUCCCAUUGCUGAAGACCAAUAGGUUGAAGGACUUCAUGAAAUGUUGGCUUCAUUUGCCUCAACAUCCUGUCUAAAUAUUCAACCGUCUCAACAUCCCUAUUGCUCUUGAAUCUGGCCUUGAUCACAUAGGUGACAAAUGACGAAUCAAAACCUGUAAAAUGUGAGUUUUUCCUAAUGGAUUGGAUGAAAGUGAUGGAGCCAAUCCAUCCCCAAAGCAUGAAAACCUUCAAUGACUUUUCGAAGCAAUGGUAUCAUCCGCCUCAUUCGCAUAUCUUGCUGCCGUUACUUUUGUGUGCAGUUCUGCAAAAACAUUUCCUUUUGUGUUUGUUUCUUCUCUUGGUUGUUGUGGUCUUCGGUAAUGGUAAUAGGAAACCAAUUGUCAGAAAAUGCACCUGCUUUAACGGCCUCGGUAUGGGAUCUUUUGCAAAGAGACUAUGCCCUUCCGCGGGCAGCUUUGAAUUCUCACUUUCUUCUAGCGUUGCCAGGGUUCAUGUGAUUGAUUACAAGCAAGGCCUUUUUCAUGGGAGGUGGGGUGCCAAUCUUUGCACUCGCAAUGAGUGCCUUGACUCUGAUGAUUACUAUUGUAAUUGAAGCGGUACCAAUUGGAGGAUGAAAGGAGAUUCAAAUUCGGUGGUAGCGUCAUUGGGCUUGUAUUUGCUCACCGUUCAAUGCUGUUUCAACGUUCAAAGGCAUCGUUUAGACCAUUGGAAUGUGUCGUUGCUGGCCUAUUUCUAGUUUCGUUCUCGAGAUAGACCAAAUCCAUUUGGAACUAGAUUGAAAAUCAAUAACACACAUGCCUACCAUGUGCUGCAACCCUUAUGGACACGAAAGUAUGUCUUGCACACUAGUAUGAUUUUGCAAAUGCAUCUCGAAACGACCUCUACCAAGCUAGAUCUAUCUAAAACCAUAGCAAGCGCAGCAUUCCAACAAUUUUAGAGCACGAUAACCAUAUAUAUAUGAGUUAUUAAUUACAUUCAGUUUCUUUGUUUCUCAGCAAGACAGUGUGGUGUGUGCGUCGUAUCAAGCAUGUCAGAUGAAAUCACUUUUUAAUGUUUCCAAUGAUUGACCAUCCGAACUAAGUUCUCAAAAGAAUUUUACCGCUUGUCUUCGACGAUGCGUCGUGGACCUUCGUUAGUGUCUCAAGAACUACAUCCAUUGUCGGUCGGUUCGAGAUGGUCUCGGACCAUCCCCGUCGCAUAAGUCUGCGGAUUGCUGUUGGCCAUGAUUUUGGAACCGACGGGCGUUCGCCAAAAAGAGACACGGUCUCUUUCACCUGUGGUCCCAAAAGUCCAUCAUAGGGCUUUGUAAGCGCCAUAAUCUCCCACAGCAAAAUUGAGUAUGAAAAGACAUCAGCUUUGAGAUUGUAGGUUUCUUUGCGAAUCACUUCUACAGCCAUAUAUCUCGAGGUCCCGGUAUUGCCGGCGAGUUUGAAUGUUGCUUCUGGGUCCUCGUGGUAAGGAAUCUCUACUGCGAGUCCAAAAUCGAAUAUUUUAAGCGUGCCUUGUUUAUCAAAUCCGACAUUUGCUGGUUUGAGAUCCCGAAAUAGAAUACGUCGUUCAUGUAAAUAAGCCACAGCUGAUGCUAUGUCGAUUGCCGCCUUGAGUCUCACAUUUAACAACUUAUUCUUCGCCGCCUGACGGCCUUUUGUAAGAGUUUUCCGGACCUUUUCCUCCUCUCUCCAACCGGAAAUUCGUUUUGAAAGAGUUAUGCUUAAACGUUCAAGGAUCAAAAAGAAACCAUCUGCGCGUCC